AUGGCUCCCACCAAGCGCUCCUCCGGUUCAGCACCUCUUGCCCCAAAGCGCCCACGACUCCCAAAACGACCUGAAGAACAUGAAGAUUUACUGACUGACGAGUCUGAAAUAUCUUACCGAACAUUGACUCCACUGCCAGCCCGAACUCGGAGUAGUCAAUCGACCACCGCCGCUCAAAUAACUCGGAAAGGUCUUCUCCGUUCCUCCGAAACCCCCACUGGGAGGAGCAGUCCUAGGAGGGUAGAAUUUCAUCUCCCCGAGGACCAUACUGAUAAUUUUGAAGCGCAGGAGGAGCCUGAGGCAAUUGAGGCGCCAGAGGUGGAAGAAACUGUUGAUACUAGCCACUCAGACUAUGAUGAUGCUCCGGAGAAUGACCACGAGAGCUCUGAGGAGGAUGAGGAUGAACCGGAGGAUGAACCUCAAGCCCCCCCCCAUCUUACACCCAGAAGUCUCAGACUGUCGGAAAGAGACCUCAUACAGUUCAGCCGACUACUGCCAGAGCACUGGGCAAUGCUCGGAGGAAACCAACUGGCGCGGUAG